CUCAGGCCAGCGGCAUCAUGUCCUCCUUCUCGAGCGUUCUUCUAGCCACCUGCAGAAACUGGAAGCCGGGCGGGUCACAUCUUGAGAUUCGACUAUCAGCCUUCCAUGACGUUUCCAAGAUGACACCAGGGCAAACCGUAGAAGCGGCCUCGGAUGAGAGGAAGACGAUGGCUCAUGUCGUACUGACCAAUAAGCAGGUGCUAGAAGAGCCGCACCGAAUAAAGUCACUUAAGGAGAUGCCGGGACCGAAGACUCUCAGCAACCUUAUCGAGUUUUUUUGGAGGAACGGCUUCGGCCGUAUUCACGAAAUUCAGCAAGAACAUAGUAAGAAAUAUGGAAAGAUUUUCAAGUCUCAUUUUGGUCCUCAGUUUGUGGUGUCCAUAGCAGAUAAAGAUCUGGUGGCCCAGGUGUUAAGGGCUGAAGGCAGGGCCCCACAGAGAGCUAACAUGGAAUCCUGGAAGGAAUAUCGUGACAUGCGUGGCCGGGCCACAGGACUCAUCUCUGCUGAGGGAGAAGAUUGGUUGAAAAUGCGAAGUGUUCUCAGACAGAAGAUUAUGCGACCCAAGGACGUAGCUGCAUUCUCCGGUGAUGUGAAUGAAGUGGUGGCUGACCUGGUAACCCGGAUCCGUACCCUCAGGAGCCAGCAGGAGGAUGGUCAGACAGUGACUAAUGUUAAUGACCUCUUCUUCAAAUAUGCUAUGGAAGCAGUAGCAUACAUUCUUUAUGAGGCUCGGUUGGGGUGUCUGGAGAGUGAUGUCCCCCAACAAACUCUGGAGUACAUUGAUGCACUACACCUGAUGUUCAGCAUGUUUAAGACAACCAUGUAUGCUGGAGCUAUUCCCAAAUGGCUUCGCCCCAUCAUCCCAAAGCCCUGGAUUGAGUUCUGCAAGUCCUGGGAUGGCCUUUUCAAAUUCAGUCAGAUGCAUGUGGACAAAAAGUUGAAUCAGAUCAAGGCACAAUUAGCUGCAGGGGAGGAGGAGGUGAAAGGUGGUUUGCUGACCGAUUUGCUUGUCAACAAGGAGAUGACUGUGGAGGAAAUUUAUGCCAACAUGACGGAAAUGUUGUUGGCUGGCGUGGAUACGACUUCUUUUACACUAUCCUGGUGUACCUACCUGUUGGCCAAAAACCCACAAGUCCAGCAAGCUGUGUACAAUGAGGUGGCCAACAAUCUGGGCCCGCAUACAGUUCCAACGGCAGAUGAUAUUGCAUACCUUCCCCUUAUCAAGGGAGUUGUCAAGGAAACGCUACGACUCUUUCCAGUUCUCCCAGGGAAUGGACGUAUACUUCAGGAAGACAUGGUUCUGGGAGAGUACUUUGUUCCCAAAGGGACACAGCUGGCUUUGUGCCACUAUUCCACAUCACAUGCAGAUGACUGUUUUCCAAAUGCAGAUGAAUUUCGCCCGGAGCGCUGGGUGCGCAAGGAUAACAUGGACCGUGUAGACAACUUUGGCUCCAUCCCCUUUGGAUAUGGCAUUCGGAGUUGCAUUGGAAAGAGAGUUGCAGAGCUGGAGUUACACUUGGCUCUUGUACAGAUGCUUCAGAAUUUCAAAAUCACAUCAUCUCCACUCACCAAGUCAGUUAAGGCUAAAACUCAUGGGCUUCUGACCCCAGCAGCUCCUAUUAAUGUGAGGUUUGUUGACAGGAUAUACUGAGAACAUGGUUAUUGGGGAAUUUUUGGCUGAUUCUGACUGCUGCUACCCCAGAAGUGAGGAAGAAACGUUUGGAAUUAUUACCUUCUUUCAGGGUGUAAAAGCAGAGAAUUAGUGUCCUUCAGAGCUGUGCCACAGUCCUGCCUUCCUACUUUAGAAGGAAAAUCUUGAAGUUAAACAAAGUGUUACUAUCCUAAGGAACUGUGGAAUAUUCUGUUUUAAAGAAGGUAACCAGCAAUAACCCUGCAGCUCUUAGACUGUCACUUCCUGUUUAAUGAAGAGGAACCAUAUUUGCACUUUUUCUGAUUGCCUACAGUUUGCUCAGGGUUCAGUUCAACAUGUGGCCUCUCUGAUUUCUUCAGUAUUCUCAGAACAACGUAAGACAUGCUCCCCACAGUUUGACCCAAGGCUCACCUUGUAGAAUGGAUGCUUGGCACAAUGCUAAUAACCAUUGAUAUAAAUAAAUGUCAGCUGUUCAUUGCAGCUGCCUGUUGAGUGUCCAGGGUGACUAAAUAGGCUGUGUAGAGAGACUAGAGAACUGCAAAGAACUGAAAUUUUAAAUGUAAUGGCAAGUAUUGUUUUGCUAUGACUUAUAUAAUACAUUUUUAUCAUUCACCAAUAUCAUGUCACAAACCUAAGAUGCAGUUAUCUUUCAGCAGUGGUAUGUUUCUCAGACAGCAGUUCCUAUUUACCCACUUUUUCAGAUCAAAGCAUUUAAGAAUUUCCAUCACAACACUUUUGCAUAGUCAUUACAGAAGCAGCAAUCCAUGUUAAGAUAUGUGAAUAAAGUGCUUUAAGCAAAAGAAGGAAAAAGACAAAACUGUCUGUAGACACUUGCACCACUAGAGGGCCCAUAAUUCCCUAUGAUUGUUGCUGUCCUACAUAGGAUUUAAUAAAGAAACUACUGGUAA